AUGGCUUGGUAUGAGCAGCAGAUGUUUCUAGGUACUCCAAGGAUGACAACGGUAGGCUCCUCCGGUCAUAGACGCUGUAAAAGCGAGAUCGUAACCUCGUUAAAUACUCAAAAUCAAAACAAUGGUUUUCAAAGACUGAAGACUCAGAUGCAAAAGGCUUUGAACUGGGGUGGCAACCAGGAACAAGCAUUUUUCAAUCCAGAGAUUUUAGCUAAUCAGAAACGCCAGUGGUAUCAGUUUCACACAAAGUCGUCGGAUAUUACAAAGUAUGAGGAUCCAUCCUCGCUUUUUGAACAUUUCCUUGUUGCGGGUAUCCAUCCGAAUGCUAACCUCGAGCCUGUGGAGGAUGCAUUUGCUAGAAGAAAGAAUAUGGAUACCAAAGUGGAUCCAACAGAACUGAUGGAUCCCCAAGCUGUGCAGUUUCAGUCACCUCCAACUCCAAAUGUGAUGAUGGAACCCCAGAUACUUUUCAAGUACCCUCCAGGGAAGAAGUUAUCUAUGCGCUUAGAAGAUUUAGCAUCCUUUUGCUUUCCUGCUGGUGUGAAGGCACAUGUGCUAGAGAGGACACCAUCAUUAAGUGAGCUAAAUCAACUUGUGUACGGACAGGAACACUUGAACAGAGACGACUUAUCAUUUAUAUUUUCACUUAAGGUGGCUGAUAAUGCAACCCUUUACGGUAUUUGCCUACAAACACAAGAUUUUGUUCAGAGACCACCAGGGAUGCUUGGUACUGCAUCGUCCCUUGCCCGAGCAUCCAGAGGAGGCAGUCGUUGUUUAGUCUCCGCACCUCGCUGUUACUGUAUAUUAACAAGAGUUCCUUUCUUUGAACUACACUACGAGAUGUUAAACAGUAUCAUUGCACAGGAGCGCCUCAAUCGAAUAACACAUUUUGCUAGUGAAGUAAGUCUCGAUCAUGUCCCUUCRGCAGCCAAACUAAAUGACCAAGCAGUUGAAUGUACUGACGAUACAAGCAAGGAGCUCUCAUGGAUGGACUCUGCAAUACCAGUUGACAACGAGCUAGCCAUUUCUCCUCCUUCUGCCGCUGCUGCAGUCAUUAUAGACAAUGUGAUAAGUUCACCUUCAAGAUUGGAAACUGGGUCUCCAAGUAGUGCUGUCUUUAGAGAUAAAAGUUUUAAUAAAGAAAUUCAAACGGAAACUGUUGGAAGAAAGGAUCUGCCUGAUCUUGAUGAUAGUAAUCAUGACGCCUUGGAAAAGCGAUGGGAGUACCUCGGGAAAAUGCAUGGAGAUUAUGAAACUGUCCGCAGGGAAUAUGUUGAGGCGUGUGUUUUUCCGCCGAGUCAGACACUUGAACGACUUGGAAGUUCCGGGCCCUUGUUCAGUUCAGUAAAAGGCGUCGUAUCAGAGGAUGAAGAUGUAGUACUUUCUUGCAGUGAUAAAGAUGCUAUUAAUAAGGCGAUUAUGGAAUGGGCUAGGGAACAUAAAAAUGAUUUGCUACAGAUUGUUUGUGGCUAUCAUGCUUUACCAGUUCCAUCAUAUGGAGGUAAAAUAGUUUUCAGGCCACUAGAGCAUCUACAAACUAUUGAAUAUUAUAGAACUGCUUUUUCUUUUGGAGAAGAUCCCAAAGAGCAAAUAUUGGAUAUUCCUGAUAAGGUCAAAUUCAAGCUUGCCGCAAUCGAGGAAGCUGUCUCACUGUCAAAUUGGACAACMGCAACAAUUUGUAGAGUUCUUUCCCUUGAAAAUAUUUUAAUUUUGCUUGCUGGGGUUUUAUUGGAGAAACAAGUGAUCAUCACGUCCCCAAAUCUGGGUGUCUUAUCAGCCACAGUGUUAUCUCUUAUUCCUAUGAUUCUUCCAUUUGAAUGGCAAAGCCUGUUCCUUCCGGUUCUUCCUGGGAAGAUGUUUGAUUUCCUUGAUGCCCCUGUUCCUUUUGUCGUUGGGAUACUGCAUAAACCAGCUGAUAACAAGAUAAAAACAUCUAACCUUGUUCAUGUUGAUUUGACCCAUAAUGAGGUUGAAAUUUCCUCUUUGCCGCCAUUUCCUAAGCUAAGAGAACUCAUCACCAGACUAGGGCCACUUCAUGCUAGACUWGCAGCUGACAAAUCUGCUAUUCGAAAGCAUCCAGUAUACAGGUUGAACAAAUUUCAGAAUGAAGCUGCGGCACAAUUUUUAACCGUCUUGAGGCAGCACUUGGAGUCCCUUUGUACAAACUUAUCAUCCCACGCAAUCACUAGUGUACAGUCUGAUGAUGAUAGGGUUUCCUUACUUAUGAAGGAGAGCUAUAUUGAUUCUUUCCCCGCUAGAGACCGACCAUUUAUCAGGCAAUUUGUAGAUACACAAAUGUUCACAGUUCUAUCGGACACUCGACUAUCUAGAAUUCAGAAUUUAACAUGAACAAAGUUACGAUUUCAAUCCCGUUACUUGGAUUCAGUUUCUUAGCUUUUCGGUGGCUUCGAAGACAUCUUCAAACAUCAAAUUUGUAGCAUGACCACAAAAUUUUAGUAUUGUGUCAUAAUUCAUGGAAGUUAUUCG